GUAGGCCAGGGUUGGUGGUGCGCUGCGGAGCGCGGGGAGCGAGCGAGACGAGGGGGAGGGGCCAGUCUGGAGCUGGGUGCUCUGCACCCCGACUGAUGCCGCGCGCCGAUUCCUUGUCAGCGCUUGCUUGAUCCAAUCCUCGCGAUGAUGCUCUUUAACGCCCCCCUCCGAAUCCCCCUCCCCCCUACCUGCGUCGUGCCAUCAUGCCAUUCCCCCGUCGCACCCUUCGUAGAUUUUGCUCAUUCGUCUCCAACGUCGCUAUGGUUGCAAAUGCGGUCACUGGGUCCCAAACCGUCAUGCAUUGUCGUAUGUAGAGUAGUCGUCGACAAGGAGCUUGUUGAUCUUAGCGAGCGGAUUCCUGCGUCGGUGCUGUGAGAUUAGGUUAUGAGUGAGCGAGUUUUGGUUGAUGCGGUGUUGCGCGCUCGAGGAAGAGAGAGAGUUAAGGUUUCUGGAAUUGGUGGAGACUGUUAGGUUACAGGUGGUAGAUGGGGAGGUGUUUGAUCCCUACGACGAGCUCGCGUUGGAUGCCGUGUUUGAGGUUGAUGAGCCUAGAUUCUUGGAUCUGGAGUUGUCGCAUUGCUGCUUUAUUGACCUUCAAGAGUCGCUGGAUCUUUUAGGGUGGACUCGUUGGUAUUUUCCCGAGAUCAGCUUCAGGUUAUAUGAUAAUAUGGAGGCAGGUAAUGAUGGAGGAGCGGCGUUUCGGGAGCGUAAAUGUGCAAAGAGCAGGAUUGUGCGAUCACCAAUGUGUUACACGCCAGAUUCAAUGGAGGGGUUCAAUGUCUCUUUCUCAUGAGAAAAGUAUAGACGUCAUUCAAUUCCAGCUCGUGGACUUUUAGUGGGGUUACAAUCUUUUGCUUUUUUAGUAGUUGUUAUCAAUUUUCUCCCAUUCACGUACACAUAAUGGGGUGCAUGAACUCAAAGAAGUCGGCUGAUAGUUCAUCGGGUAAAGAUCCUAAGAACAAAGACGCCAAAGACCCUCGGCGUGUGUACACGCCAGCUAGCCACGACAACGAUGAAUGGGGAGCGCCAGUUCCUCUCCGCCCCAAGGCCAAAUCUGGUCCUGUACCCCCUGUCACCCCAGUAUCGAGGAAGAAGCAGGCAGUGGGCAGUGGGCCUCUUCCACGCGCUAAUGCCUCCGCAACCGGGGCAUCACCCGGGAAAUACACACCUGGUACACCUCCAGGUAAGUCUCCCACUUACAUAAUCGACAGGCCUGUUCCGAACAUUACUAUCCCGCUGCCCACUCAACCUAAACCUGUGUUCGUGCCGAAGCCAAAAGCCCCAGACCCCAAGCGAUCGUCGAAGUCUGGAAUUUUAUACCAGGAUACGCCUUACUCUAAGACUGUCGAAGGGGGAGCUCCUCCUGUAGUUGUGGAGUCUGGACUUGGAGACCAGUGCCUCCCCCCAUCCGGUUCUAAAACAGUGAAAGUACCAGAGGGGAAUUACGAGCUGAAUUUCUCGGUUUUGUCUCAAAGAGGUCAUUACCCGGAUCAGUUGCGCAAGGCUAAUCAGGAUAGCUUCACCAUUCACACCUCUUUCGGUGGCGAUCCAAACGACCAUUUCUUUGGAGUUUUUGACGGGCACGGUGAAUACGGUCAGCAUUGCUCAGAUUUUGCUCGGAAACACCUCUGGAAGAAUAUGCUAAACGACUCGCAUUACCCUAACGACGUGGUGCGGGCAUUUCACUCUGCCUACCUGAAAACUAAUUCGGAGCUUCACAAGCACAGUCAGUACGAUGAUUCAAUGAGCGGGACGACAGGGAUCACCAUUCUUGUUCGUGGCCGGAAAGUAUAUGUUGCUAAUGUCGGGGACUCGCGUGCUGUUCUAGGGGUUCGGAAAUCCAAAAAGGUCGUAGCCAAAGAUUUGUCAUUCGAUCAGACACCUUACCGGACCGAUGAGUGUGAGCGUGUGAAAGCGUAUGGGGCACGGGUGAUGACGCUAGACCAGAUGGAGGGUUUGAAGGAUGCUACUGUGCCCUGCUGGAAUGACGAGAACCACGACGAUGGGGACCCACCUCGGCUCUGGGUUGCUGAUGAUAUGUAUCCAGGCACAGCUUUCACCAGAAGCAUUGGAGACUCAGUUGCUGAAAAGAUAGGUGUCACUGCUGUACCGGAGGUGUUGUGUCUAGAACUUCGGCCUCGUCAUCCCUUCUUCCUCAUAGCAAGCGAUGGUGUCUUCGAGUUUCUUUCAAGCCAGGCUGUCGUUGAUAUAGUUGCAUUAUAUCAGGAUCCAAAGGAGGCUUGUCUCGCUGUUGUGAAGGAAGCCCAUCGUCUUUGGUUGAAGUAUGAAACUAGGACGGACGACAUUACCAUCAUUGUUGUCCAUGUUGAUGGUUUGAAGGAUCCUAAUAAACCUCGACGACAGUCGCAUGGCGAGCCACAGUUAUCGGAUGGUGCUUCCUCCAUUCCUCCUGAGGCUGAAGAUGAACGAGAUCUUCCAUCAAAGAGUUCUCGUCCUGUCCGGAGUAUGUCACGCAUUAGAUUGCGUUCUGAGGAGGAGGCCGCCGUUGACAGCGAAAAGUGGGCGUCUUGAUCUUAAUGCUUAGAGUUUUAAAACAAGAAAGGCUUCUUACACUAGAAGUGACGUCUUAGUCCUACAAGUUCCCUGGCAUUUUGAAGGACUCAGAUUCAUGUGAGGGUGCUAUAAACUGUCACUGGAGUAUGCCGUACAUUGGAAGGCUUUCUGCUUGGUCCCACAGACCCUGAAGCUGGCCUGUUCUUGAAUGAGAAGGACAUGCCAUUCUGUGAUAAAUGGAGCAUGGGUUGCUGUGAAGCGAGGUAGUACGCUGGAAAAAGUCGCAGGUGUUCGAUUACUAAGGGCAGGUAGAUUUUCAAUUUUCGGUUUUCGUAUGGGUGGUAGCUGUGCUCCAGCGUUAUUUGCAGAGCUUUCCUGACUUCUGUCGUUAAUGCAACUCCAAGGUUCCACUGUCAUAAUCAUAUUGAGUAAAUGCACUCCACUUAAUGGCUUCGUUCCUGUCCCAGCUCGUCCCUCAGCGGCCAGAUAGACAUCUUCCAUGUACAGUACAAAUUCAAACAUGGCUCCGAAUUCAUGUUCUGUAGCGUUUUGAAGACGAAAACGCACAGUACGUUAGGACCAUUUGCUUCAAUGUCUUCUGAGCCCGAUAGGCUUAGACAGAAGCUGUUGAUAUCCAGGACAUAUUUGGGCCAGUUCUACAAAUUCCGCUCAAUAAUCUGUACUUUAUUUUUUUCCUCAAAAAACCACUUUCCGAUUUUGCUAAAUCAUUGCA